AUGGCACGUACCGCGUACCGCCCUCUUCCCGUGGCCCGGCAUGCGCCGGAGGAGUGCUCCUUCCAGUCCGCUCCGGUUCGGGCGUCGACCCGGACUCCUCUCUCGAUCCCUUCCGACCUCGACAGGUCCUCGUCGCCGGCGGCCGGGACCGGAGCCAGGGUCAAGGCCAGGACCAGGGGCAAGGCCAAGGCCAGAGGGAGAUGGCCCUUGGCGCCGGAGGCGGAGGGUCUCACGGUGGACGAGCUGGCGAGGCAUCGACGGCGGCGCGUCCAGGGCCGCCCCGAGGACGGCCCGGGUCUCUGCCGGCCGGAGAACCGCGAGGAGGACGACCCGCUCGUCACCGAGUACCGCCGUGCCUUCGGCGAGGUCUCCAAGGAAAAUCUCCGGCCGUUCUUGAGGAAGAAGCCCGAGGACUGCCUGCACCUGGAGGGACUCUUCGACGACGCCGUGUCCUCCCAUCUGGACUUCCGGUUCUACCCGGAGCACCUCCGAGUCCCGAGGCGAAGUAGAGCCCCGGCCGACGGCGUCUCCUUGGCCGGACCGUCCGGAGAGGACGCGGCCAUGGAGACCGAGACCGAGAGCUCGAGGUUCGUCGCGCAUUCCGACCUCUCCGCCAGGCCCCCUCCGGUCAGAAGGGGCACGAGUCUGAAGCGAGGGGGCGACUUCCGCGCCGACACCGAGUACUCCGCCUACGUCGCUCACCAGGGCCGGCACCGGGCCGAGCUGGCGCGGAGGCCGACCUCGCUCAAGAUGGAGGGCGACCUGGACGCGGUCACCGAGAAGCGCGACAAGUUCGUCGAGUGGCUGAACGCGAGCAGGCCGGAGCCGAUGCGUCUGCCGAGCAACCUGAAGCUCGAGGGCGACCUGGAGACCGCGACGGAGAGUCGCGACAAGUACGUGCCCUUCGUGGGGACGAGGAGACCGGAGCUCCUCCGGCAGUCGGCCCACCUCAAGAUGGAGGGCGACUUCGGGUACGUGCCCGAGUACCGGGACGUCUUCAGGCCCUUCGGCCUGGGAGAGAGGCGGAUGCCGAGGAAGCCGGAGACCAACCUAGGACCGAGCGGGGACUUCUACGGGACGACCGAAACCUCGGAGAAGUACGUGCAUCCCAGUCGACGCGAGGAGGAAUCCGUGGUCCGGGUGGAGGCGCCGGAGGAGGAGGAGGAGGCCGUCGAGGCGCUGGUCUCCAAGAUGGAGGACUGGAAGGGCCCUCCCCUGGAAAUCCCGGAAUAUCGCGACGCCUACAGAGACUUCCCGAGGGAGAGGCCGAAGCUGGCACGACCCGAGGACGAGAUCGGAAGGGCGGACGGGUCGAAGGUCUCAUCGUCUCCGGCGCUCUCGCGGUUCUCGACCAAAAUCGAUCUGGACCCGGAGUACAAGUCCAAGUACCUCCAAGACGCCAAGGACGCCGGAGACGCCAAGGACCGGCUCGUCUUCCGGAAGCCGCCGACGACCUCGAGGCCGAGUCCCCUCUCGGGCUCGUCCGGACGACUCGACGACCUCGCGAGCGAGGUCAGGUCGCAGUACGUGCCUUACGGACGAGUCCCCAGAGUGGAGACCCUCAGGAUGCCGGCGAACCUUCGCCUCGAGGGGAGCAUGGAUCUUCGGCCUGAGUACAGGAACGCCUAUUGCGCCGUCAGGGACCCCCCCGUUUCCAGCGAGCCCAGGAUGCAUCGGAGACGGGAUCGCAGUCUCAGCGCCUCCAGGAGGAAGAACGAUUGCUGGACCACCGAUUACGGGGAACGAUCCGCGGCGGACGCCUUCCGGAUCCUCGACCCACGGGCUCCCGAAAAUCGCGUCCUCGGGAAACCUCCCCUCGGAAGUGGAAGAAAUUCGAGGUCCUCGCAAACCCAAACCCAGGGAUCUCCGCUGGACUCGUUCGACCGUCCAGUUUUGCGAAACCAACGGACCCAGCGGAAUCGAUCACCGAGCCCUACGUACAGACUUCACGUCUGCAACGUGGACGACGAGCCGCAAGGAUUUGGACGUCGACGACCAUCUCCGUCCCUGCAGUCUUCCACCGAACCCAUUCGCGCCUCUUCUCCGGAGAAGCCGACUCGCUCGAACGAAACUCGGAGACCCUAUUCCCCUAGUUUUGGAAGAACCGCGGGGAAAAACACCAACGAACGGUCUUUCGUGGUCCUGGACGACCGGAAGCCGAUCCCUUCGAAGCUGGAUCGCUAUAACGACGAUAACGUGAGGCGAGCCUUCGACGGGGUCGCUUCCUCGACCAGAGGUAAACCUGGACACCCGUCCGGAGCGUCUUCGAACUGGAUGCCUUCUUGGUACGACGGUACCACCGACGUUUAA